AGGAGAUCCUUAGCAUCUCAUCUCAUUAUCUCUAGCUGCUUUAUCCUGUUCUACAGGUCGCAGGCAAGCUGGAGCCUAUCCCAGCUGACUACGGGCGAAAGGCGGGGUACACCCUGGACAAGUCGCCAGGUCAUCACAGGGCCGACACAUAGACACAGACAACCAUUCACACUCACAUUCACACCUACGGUCAAUUUAGAGUCACCAGUUAACCUAACCUGCAUGUCUUUGGACUGUGGGGGAAACCGGAGCACCCGGAGGAAACCCAUGCGGACACGGGGAGAACAUGCAAACUCCGCACAGAAAGGCCCUCGCUGGCCACGGGGCUCGAACCCGGACCUUCUUGCUGUAAGGCGACAGCGCUAACCACUACACCACCGUGCCACCCCAUCCUUAGCAUUAUUAAGGAAAAUAAAGUGCUUGUGAAGACCAUAUAGAAAUCCAUAAAUUUUGUUUUUAUUUAUAUUAUGAAAAAAAAAUGAGACCAAUCCACCUUGCUGCUUACUUGAUCCAUCUUACUUCUGGCUGGAGCUCAUUGCUUCACUUCUGUGGAGGAUGACCCUAUAUGGACAGCCUAAAGAUACACUUUGAAGAUGACUUUGGACAAUUAAUACAAAUAGUUUUGCUAAAAUGGCUUAGGACUGCAGUUGUCAUGAACAGUUUUGCGCUCAAGUCCCCAUCAGUGAACAGCUGAUGACUUUAAAAAAACAGACUUCAUGUCAACUAUAAUGAAUUUCUGGUUACACAAUUGCACUUUUUGACUAUAUAUGACCGUUAUAAAAGUGAGUUGUUUAUAAUCCUGCUAUCUGUUAUUACCCAACUGAGGAUAUGUUCUCUUUUGAGUGUGUUCCUCUCAAGGUUUCUUCCUCAUGGUGUCUCGGGGAGUUUUUCCUUGCCACAAUCACCUCAGUUUUGCUCAUUAGGGAUCAAUUCAUAUGUUUAAAAUUGACUGCACUACAAUGCAUACCACACAGAGGGAAGGUCUGAUUGCAUCACUGAACUCAGACGGACACAAUGAUUUAAAUCUGAAGGGGCUAUUAACAAAUUGCAAAAUGGGAGUAAUUUUAGAAAAAUGGGUUCACCUUCUGGAAAUCUGGAAUUUACCAAUAAGUAUGGCAUUUUAAACAGUGUAAUUUUCUGAAGUUGGCACUACAUGCCACUCCAGUCCAAUAGGUGGCGGUAAAGCACCUUAAGCUCUCAAAUAUCAAAGAAGAAAUGGAAAUCCCAUAAUAGACAGUUUGCAUGUAUGUCAUGAAUCUCCCAUGAUGCUCUCCAAUUUUUUUGUGUCUGCCAUCUUUGUGGUAUAGCAUCCAUGGUGACUGAGGAGAGUACAUUGGCGAACUGUAGUUUUUUGCAAAUAUAUCACAAAUUGCGUAAUAGUGACAAGGUCAGAUACAGGGAAAAGAUGAUAGAAUGUUCAGGGAUAGAUCUGUACAGCAAUGUUGUAGAGUAUGAAGACAAUGUACGGAUGUGGCCGAGUGUGAAUUACUCAGACAUUGUAAAUUACCUGGUGUUAACUACUAGCUUCGUCACUGGUACCAAUUGAUGUACAUUAUCAUUUACUGUUUAGCGCAAGUUUACUUUAACCUCCUAAGGCCCAAGCUGUUUUUUUACAUGCAUUUUUUAUUUCUCUUUGCUAUUUGGGCUUAUUAGAACCUGAUUAGAAUAAAAACUAAGCAUCAUCUUUUGAUAAGAUGUACUUUUAGAGAAAAAGUAUGUCCACAUAUGUGGAUUCUUGUUCCGAAUUUCCAUAAAGUGCUGUCCACGCAUGUGACCGCUAAGCCCUAGGAGGUUAAGGAUCUAGUAGGUUCCUGAUGUGGGCAAAUGUUAAAACACAAACCAAAGAAAACCCCAAAACAACCUAAUUAUUGAUGUCUUCUAAGGCAACAUUUUACCGAGCUCAACUACCUACAUUUUACUGGGGCUUUUUGCUAUGCAUUUGUAACUGCAAUAUAAAUUGGAAUAGCGCUUACAUCUAUAUCACUUACAGUAUGUCACAUCUUUAUGUGGCAGAGGGGGGGCCCCCCCUAAAAUUAUGUUCAUCCUGGUGGCAUCCGCAACAUCUGAAAGAGCUUUCUCCACCUUGAAAAGGGCGUUGACGUACCUUCAGUCUUCGAGGACCGAACGACUUUAACUGUACACUGCUACAUGUACAUAAAAAUAUCGUGGACACCAUGGACUUGAAACCUAUUGCUGAUGCCUUCUCGUCUUUCAACAACAAGAGAAUGCGCUACUUUGGUUCCUUCAAUUAAGCAAGGUACAUUUGAACAUUUUAUGUGUAUUUACUCACAUGUAAACACAGUAGAAAGUACCAAACCCAUGGUAAGAGGGUGUUAUCCUCUCAAUGAUACUAAGUAGACAUAAUUACAUUAUAGUAUCAUUGGUUCUGUUUUAUAUAGAAAAAAAUACAUGGACGAAAUGUACUCUAGUAGAGACAUUAAACUUGGUUUUACUCCAGCAAAAUUGGCCUCUCAAAAUGUAGGAAAGAGCGUUUUAAAGUGUUAAAAAUUCCAAAAUUUCCCGAGGGGCAUGCCCACAGACCCCCUAGAUUUGGCGUGCUUUCGACGCAUGACAUGUUGCCCCGCCAUCCAAAACUUCCUGCUGCCAUCUCUGUAUAUAUUUUGUCUAUGGCUCACAUAAACGAUUACGGUAGAAAUAUAAACUUACUCUUUACGAAAUGAUCUGCACAUAUUUGUACCUGGUCUCUUAUAUGUCCGAUUUGUUCAGAUUUGCAAGCCACUGCCUCUGUCGUCUACAGGUUAGGUCUUCCAUUUGGGGUCUUUCUUGCAUUUUAACAGUGGGUAAACUAAACAAUCUGACUCCAGCCUUGGCAGAAUUGUUGGAGCAGCCGAUAACUGCGCAAAUUUGCGGCAUUCCGUAUUAAAGUACUUGUUGCUACGCAUGUGCUAUUCCACAAAGAUGGUGGACACAGCUAAAUCAGAGAGGGUCAUGGGACAUGUGACGUAAUGUGCAAACAGUCUAGUCAAGUUUAUUUGUAUAGCGCUUUUAACAAUAAACAUUGUCGCAAAGCAGCUUUACAAAAUUUGAAUGACUUAAAACAUGAGCUAAUUUUAUCCCUAAUCUAUCCCCAAUGAGCAAGCCUGUGGCGACGGUGGCAAGGAAAAACUCCCUCAGAUGACAUGAGGAAGAAACCUUGAGAAGAACCAGAAUCAAAAGGGAACCCAUCCUCAUUUGGGCAACAAAUACGUGUGUGUGUGUGUGUGUGUGUGUGUGUGUAUCUAUCUGUCUGUCUGUGUGUUUUAUUUACCAGCUGGGAGGUCCGUAUCGUGAAAUACCAUGACCAAGGUCUUGAAAGUACUGAACGAGGCCCUCUGGGCCGAGGUCAUGGUAUUUCACGAUACGGACUGACCUUAAGCUGGUAAAUAAUAUAUUUAUUUUUUUCUUUACCAAAUUCUAACAGAAAACGAGAGUGCCCGAAAGAGAAAACCAAGCUGAGUCGCCAUUUUGAAUCCUCAUUCACGGCUGUAAUGCAAAUGGCUUCCUCCUCGGUAUACAAGUGCACUUCCAUGGCAGGAAAAAAACUACAUUUUGCCGCCUAUGUAGUCCCCUAUUUAUACAAAUAGGAGUCAUUCAGGAUUCAGUCAUGUUUUUGCUCGGUGUUGGCAGCAGUUAUAGGUUUUUAGUAGGGUUGUCCCGAUCCGAUUGCAUGAUCAGAAAUCGGCCCCGAUCACGUGACUGUGGACUUGAUCCGGACUCGGGCUUUAGGUUCCGAUCAGGUAUCGGAUAAACUGAGGCGCGGGAUUUGCUGCUAUGUCUGCUGUGUGGAGAUAUUUCUGAGUGAACGAGGAGAACGAUGCCAUAGCAAACUGUGAGCUUUGCAAACUCGGGAUCUCGAGAGGUGGGAAAACAAAGGGUGCGUUUAACACAACUAAUUUAAUAAGACACCUAAAAAACAAGCACCCGACCCAGUACAACGAGUUCAGUGUGGCAAACAAGCCAACCAGCCAGCCAACACUCGAAGAAACUUUGAAAAGGAAAGAGAAAAUGGCCAGCGACAGUAAUAAGGCAAAACAAAUUACAGAAAAGAUUGCCCAAAUGAUAGCGAUGAGUGACCAACCAUUCUCCCUGGUAGAGGACGCUGGAUUUCUCCUGCUUUUAGAGCACCUGGAACCUAGGUACAAUAUGCCCUCACGUCACUACUUCGUUGAAAAAGCACUGCCAGCACUACAGAAAAAGAUCCGUGACAAGCUACUUGUGCAAUUAGCAGAGGCGUCUGAUGUCGCGUUUACCACAGACAUCUGGAGUUCCUCUGUGUGUCCAAUGUCAUUAUUAAGUCUCACUGCGCAAUGGGUAGACAGCAAGUUUGUUUUACGUCGUGCGACCUUGCAUGUCAGGGAAUUCCGUGGAUCCCACACAGCAGAACGUAUCCAGCAGGCGAUAGAAGAGAUGCUAAACAACUGGGGAAUCGACAAAAAACGAGUACAUGUCAUUUUGCGCGAUAAUGCUGCAAAUAUGAAGAGAGCCAUGCUGGAUUUGGGAGUACAGAGUGUGGGCUGUGUCGCGCAUUCUUGUCAGCUCGUUGUGCAUGAGGGCCUGCUUUCACAGCGUAGUGUCACAUACGCACUAGCCAACGCGAGGAAGAUUGUAGGCCAUUUCAAGCACUCGCCGCUGGCCUACUCCCGUCUGGAAGACAUACAGAUGGACUUGAACAUGGAUGUCAAGCGCCUGAAGCAAGAUGUACAGACAAGAUGGAACAGCAGCUAUUACAUGCUGCAGAGUCUGCUGGAACAAAAACGGGCUCUCAGUGUGUAUGCUGCUGAGCGCACCCUACCAGCAACACUGACUGCCCACCAAUGGGAGCUCAUGACAAAGACAGCAGAGGUUCUCGCUCCCUUUGAAGAACUGACCAGAGAUGUGAGCAGAGAGACUGCAUCUGCAGCUGAUGUUAUUCCUACCAUCACUGUCCUCAGACGUGUCUUGUCUCGUGAGGAUGACCAUGACCAGGGGAUCAGGACCAUGAAGAGGACUCUCCUGGAGGCAGUGGAGAAGCGCUUUGCUGAUGUGGAAACAGAACCCAUCUUCUACAUGGCCACGCUACUAGACCCCAGAUACAAAGAUGGUUUCUUCAACAAGGCAGGCCACCUGACGCUUGCCAAAGACAAUCUCAUCCAGGAGGUGGCGAAGAUGGAGGAGAGGAGGGCCACCAGUGAAGAGCCAGAGGCCACAGCAGAGCCAGUGAGCAAGUCCCCAUGUUUUGAAGGAUGCAGCAGCCUGGCCAGUGCCUUUGAGGAGAUCUUGCAAGAGAGGCAGUCACAGGCCCGGUCAGUGAGUACCACAUCAGCAGAGGUGCAGGUGCAGACCUACUUCUCACAGCAAACCACCCCCAAGAGGAGCAAUCCUCUUCAGUACUGGAAGGAUCAUGCUGCUCAGUUCCCAUCACUUGCUGCUGUUGCUACCAAGUAUCUCUGUGCCCCCUGCAGCUCUGUGGACAGCGAAAGACUUUUUAGUGCUGUCGCAAAUGUCCUUGAUGAGAAAAGGAACCGGCUCUCAUCUGACCAUGUUGAGAUGCUAAUUUUCAUCAAGAAAAACAUACAUACUAUUUUGUAAAUGUAGAGAAGGAGAAUACGAGUUAGAUUGAAGUUCCAAAAAGCACAAUACAGGCCUGACUUGAUUGCAGUAACUUUUAUUUGCGCAUUUAUUUGCAUUUGAUAUUUUGAUGCCAUGCCUAUUUUUAAGUUAAGCAGCUAUUUGUUUUAAUACUAGACUAUUGAGUCUUUAAUGUUGCACUAGGUUCUAAUGUUGCACUAUUCCUAAUGUGAAGAAAAUUUUAUUCUAUUUCUGAGUUGUUCUGACUUGAGACUGUAAUUCAACCUACCUCAUAGAAGUUGGUGGAAAAAAAUAAAAA